UGUUCUGACUUGAUUGUGAGCUCUACUGACUCCCAUUAGAACAUCCAAGAGGAGAAUGGCUGUAAAUGGAGUCCUGGUGUUAGAAGUUUUCUUCAUAGCUCUCCUGACGUGGCCUCAGAAAUCAUGGGCUAUCAAAGAGGAACACAAGAUCAUCCAGGCAGAAUUCUACUUGUCCCCUGAUGAAGCAGGAGAAUUUAUGUUUGACUUCGAUGGUGAUGAGAUUUUCCAUGUGGACAUAAAAAAGGAGCAGACGGUCUGGCGCCUGGAAGAGUUUGGACAGUAUGCCAGCUUUGAGGCGCAGGGUGCAUUGGCCAAUAUGGCCGUGGACAAAGCCAAUCUGGGGGCCAUGAUGAAGCGCUCCAACAACACUCCGGGCAGCAACGUGGCUCCUGAAGUAACCGUGCUCUCCCACGGCCCCGUGGAACAGGGAGAACCCAAUGUCCUCAUCUGUUUUGUGGACAAGUUCUCCCCUCCGGUGCUCAGUGCCACAUGGCUCAAAAAUGGAAAGCCAGUCACCAAGGGCGUGUCAGAGACCGUCUUCCUACCCAGGGAGGACAACCUGUUCCGCAAGUUCUACUAUCUCCCCUUCCUGCCCUCUAUUGAAGAUGUCUAUGACUGUCAAGUGGACCACUUGGGUUUGGAUAAACCUCUUCUCAAGCACUGGGAGUUUGAAGAGCGAUCCCCUGUCCCAGAGACCACAGAGAAUGUGGUGUGUGCCCUGGGCCUGAUUGUGGGCCUGGUGGGCAUCCUUGUCGGGACCAUCUUGAUCAUCAAGGGCAUGCACAAAAACAGUGCCACGGGACGCCAAGGGCCUCUCUGAGUCACGUGAAGGUGAUGGCCUUUCUUAAAGAGAAGAUCAAUGAAGAAACUUCUGCCAGGAUCACAUAACUCAGCAUUUUGCAGCCCUACACGGCAUGUGUGAUGACGUCUUCCCCGAUCUGUCCAUGUCUAACAUCCAGCUGAUCCUCCUGUCCGCUUCCCUUUCCUGUGUUUGUUUAUCCCUACUUCCUAUUAUUUCAUUAUCACUGGACAGUUCCUUUGGAAUACAUCCCAAAGGAGUCUCUCUGUUAGGUAACUUUCUAACUACUGCCCGGGAAUACCUUCUAUGUACUUGCCGCUUGGGGUUUCUCCAAAUUGUCAAUUUUCGAAU